AUGGCUGUGCUCGCUGCAUCACGCUCAAAUGUCCACUCUCCAAUACCAACUCCUUCAGAUGAUCUUGCGGACUCAGAAAUCGAAGCUGAUGAUCAAGCACCUGCGAAUGGAGGAGACUUUUUUGGUACUUACGAGGAAGAUGAAAUCCAAUGGCCCGGUGACAUGGAAUGGUAUGCUAACAGCAGUGAGAAUAGUGACAGCUCGGACUCCGAGGAUGAUGUCGUACCUGGCCUCGAUGAUGCCGAAUGGGAACCCCUCGUAACUGGAAGGGAUUUAGAGGACCAACUCGGAACUGCCGAAGAAGACAGCACAGAGAUGAAUAGCCACAAUCGUGAUUUGCGUCAGCAGAUUGAGCAACGCGUGCUUCAGGAAGAUGCAAUCACUAUUGUGCAAUACCCUGAUGCUCGAGCAGGGCACCCCAUUCCGCAAGCUGACAUAUGCAAUGCAAACGCUGCAUACGCUACUGUUAUCAAUGACACUGCAAAUCCAUAUGCCCCCUUCGCCUCUCGAGUGGAUUGGGAAAUUGCACGAUGGGCUAAAUUACGUGGCCCAACUUCAACCGCAUUUUCGGACUUGCUUGGUAUCAGUGAAGUCCAUGAAAAGCUUGGUCUUUCUUACAAGAACUCAAGGGAAUUAAAUAAGAUCAUCGACAAGCAGCUUCCUGGUCGCCCAAAGUUCAGGCGUGAACAAAUUGUCGUCGCAGGCGAGGCUUUCGACGUUUUUUAUAGGGACGUUAUCGAAUGUGUUAAGGCUCUGUAUGGUGACCCAGAUUUUGCCGAUUUUCUAAUCUUUGCACCGGAACGCCACUAUGCAGAUGAGGAACAAACUGUCCGAUUAUUCCAUGAUAUGCAUACUGGUAAAUGGUGGUGGGAUACUCAGAAAAAGCUUGAUCAGCGCAAACCGGGUGCUACCAUCAUUCCAAUUAUUAUUUCGAGUGACAAGACUCAAGUAACAAUGUUCCGAAAUAAAACGGCUUACCCAGUCUACCUUACUAUUGGCAACAUUCCAAAGGAAAUCCGCCGAAAGCCAUCUCGCCGUGCCCAUAUUCUUCUCGCUUAUCUUCCUACUACCCGUCUCGAGCACAUCACCAACCAGGCUUCACGACGCCGAACCAUUGCAAAUCUGUAUCAUGCCUGCAUGGGCCGUGUCUUAGCACCACUGGAGGAAGCUGGCUUAGAUGGUAUUGUCAUGAAGAGUGGCAAUGGUAUCCUGCGUCGCAGGAGUCAAAAACCACGGAAUGUCCCAAAUGUGACAUACCACCAGCCGAACUCGGAAGCAAUGCCCGCACCUUUCGAGAUGCGCAACCUUGACGCUGUCCUCAAUGCAUUGGCUGCGAUUGAUAACGGAGAUCUCGCAUUUGUACAUGCAUGCCGCGAAGCCGGAAUCAAGCCCAUUAUACAUCCGUUCUGGGAGCCCCUACCCUAUACCAACAUCUUCCAAGCCGGUCUUAUCAAGCAUCUCCUUGGUUGGCUGGCCGAGGCAUUCGGAGCAGCUGAGAUUGAUGGAAGAUGUCGAAGGCUCCCCCCAAAUCACCAUAUCCGUCUAUUUAUGAAAGGUAUCACUAGCCUCUCACAAAUCAGUGGUACGGAGCAUAGUCAGAUAUGCCGUUUUCUACUUGGGAUCAUCAUCGACAUCCGACUCCCCAACCGUCUUGCCCCAAGCCGUCUCAUACGUGCCGUCAGAGGUCUACUUGACUUCCUGUACUUGGCGCAGUAUCCUUGCCACAGCUCCGAAACAUUGACUCUCCUCACAGAAGCUCUCGAUCUUUUUCACAACAACAAGCAGAUCUUCGUCGACCUUGGAAUACGAAACAAUUUUAAUCUUCCAAAGCUCCAUGCAGGCCGCCACUAUAUGUCGAUGAUCCAGACUUUUGGCACAACUGACAAUUACAAUACAGAAUAUACUGAGCGCCUCCACAUCGACUUGGCCAAAGAUGCAUAUCGUGCAACAAACCACAAAGAUGAGUUUGUUCAAAUGACUCAGUGGCUUGAACGCAAAGAGAAGAUCGCUCGACAUGAGAGACAUGUCAUGUGGCGCCUCCACGGCAAUCCCAUUCGACACCAACCUCGUCCAGCAAACCUGUCUUUCGACCGGGUUCAAACAUUAACGAAGCAUCCUAGCAUGAAAGCUGUGCCAAUUCAGAAGUUAAUCACGGAGUAUGGGGCCACGUACUUCCGUGAGGCGCUUGCAAGAUAU